GAGCGGCGUCGAGAGGCUCAGUGUAAGAGAGGCGUCGGUGGAGGACGCAGUGGUGACGGACUCUCUUUCGAGCAGUGGAGAAAAGAACGUGCGCGAAGGAAAGAGGAGAAUCGAAAGAGAGUGCACGAAAGAGAUAAGAGGAGAGGGAGAGAAUUAGAAGGGAGAAGAGAGGCGCACACCGACGUCCGAACGAUCUCCGACGAACGAACGAUCGACUGAAAUUACUUUUUCUCGCAUUGACCCCCGUACACUCACCCUCAUCAGUCCCUUUGACCCCGCUUCCCUUUUUAUAAACACCUCCCCGCUUCCGACUCAUACUUCAUUAUUUCUUUUUUUACUUUUCAAUUUCUUUCGACGACGAAACGAAUAACUGAACGAAAUAUCGAGCUAUGGCAGCCACCGCCAUGGAUCCAGUCGACAUUGCUAAUAUCCUCGCGCAGGAACUGCUUUAUCAGCAGCUCGUCUCUCUGGACGGACUGCACAGCGGAGUGCCGACGAGGACGACACCGACGCUGACGCCAACGACGCUCCGGAGCAUCGAGCAGACUUUCUUGGAGCUGACCAGCGAGUCAGCGUCGCAUAGUCGCGAGGCAGGAUUCGUGCCACCGUUGGUGGAACCGUCGCAGCCGACCCCGGCACAGACGCAAAAUACGGCGGCGCAUCCUCUCGUCACCAUUGCCGGCCCAGUGGCCGCGAACACCACCCUCGUGGAGAGCCAACAGACGCAGCCGCAGCAAACGACGAGACGCAAUAUGGGCGGCAGAAGGCCCACGAGGACGAUCGGGAUGACGCCCGAAGAAGAGGAACGACGACAGAUCCGCAGGGAGAGGAAUAAAAUGGCAGCGGCCAGAUGUCGCAAGCGAAGGAUGGAUCACACCAAUGCCCUGUUAGAAGAGACUGAGGGUUUGGAACAAAAAAAGCAGAGCUUGCAGGAUGAGAUCCAACAGCUGCAACAGGCCAAAGACGAGCUCGAGUUCAUCCUGGAGGCUCACAAGGCGGUCUGUCGGCUCCGUUCCACGUCGCCGCCGGACGUGAAGCCCGUGAUAAAGCCCGAGGUUCCCGAGGAUCACUUCGUGGCUACGACCGUAGCAGCGUCCAUCGUUGAGGACGCGAAACGCGAUAAUUUGAACACCACCGUCAGACCGAACAGACCGAACUCGUUGCCAGUCGAAUUCGACAACAACAAUCGGCCGAACUCCCUGUCGAUCUUCAGCGAACCGAAGGAGAGACCGGAUACGCUCCAGUUCAAGACGGUCGAAACGCCGGCAUUCAUGAAACCGUCCAUGGACAUGCCAAUUACCACGCCGACCAGCGGCAUACUGUUCAAUUUCGAAUCCCUGAUGGAGGGUGGAACCGGCCUCACCCCCGUCUCCACGCCCCUGAUACCGUCUUGCUCGACGCAGCAGAGGAACAACCUGUCGGCCGUCGACCUCAGCUCCCCGGAUGCAAACCCACCGAAGCUGGUCAGCUUGUGACGCCAAGAUGAUCUCGAGUAUGGAUCGAACGAGGACGAUCCUGAAUGAGAUGAUUGCGCCGCGCACGAUUAAUAACAAUCCGCUACGAGAACUGUGCACAGAAGAUCGAGGAACCAUGACUGGGGAAGAGGAACGGAGAACUUGUCCAAUUCUUUUUACGGAGCAUCGCUUGAGUGAAACGAGCUUUUCGACCGUUACGGUUGUCGGGAUUCGAGGCCGCGAGGUCGUUUGGCAGUAUUAAUAUGAGACGGGUAGGAGACUACCCUUGGCAAACAGAAUUGUCAUUUCUUCUUUGUAUUGCUCGUUUACUUUAUUCCUGAAGAGACGGAGCGCGGUGGAAAACCGCGCGUUCGAUUGCAUUUUUCUGCCAGCGUUGGAGGAUUACUUUUCUGUUUGUACACGCGAGGCAAAGUACUCGUUUGUAAUCAUGGAGGAAUGAUAACAAAUAAAAAUCGGUGAGAUACUGUUCAUUCUGUACACACUUGUUCGAUUUUCAACGAGGUAAACCCGAGUCACCGUUUUUCUAACGUCACGCGAGACAAAUUAUUCCGCUCGGGAACUCCACGUCGAGGAAUUCAGUAUUUGCGUCUCUGUCAUGGAUUUACGCAUCGUAAAACGUAAGCUUGUCAAACGCAUUUGCAUCUCGCGUUUGCGAAGUAACUUUGAUAAAUUCGAAUUUUGAGGCUAACGAAGGGAAAAAGAAUGGAAUUUCUCUUGUCAUUAGCGCGUUUCAGGGGGGCGUAAAUCGCGUAGACGUUUGAUGAGGACAAAGUAUUUCCUUUGCAUCUUUCAAUGAAUAAUCGUAGACACGCGGCCGUGUCUGCAGCUGCAAGUGAUAUAAUAUAAUAUAUUAUACAUAAUAAUGUAUUUAACUCGUGCGAAUUUUUACGCAGGCGAAUUAAAACUGCGUAUCGUUAAGAUUGUCACGGACUCAUCUCUUUAAUGUAAGACAACUCGCCAUGUUCGGUGUGGCAUGAAUUUUAUACAGCAAUUAGGAUAGUAACGUUAGCCGAAAGAGUGAACCGUGCCUAGAAUUGUAAGAUCGAUCGAUUUAUAGCGCUCAAAAUCAUGUAGAUUAAGGAUGAAAUUCAUCUUUGAAUCGUGCCUAACUUCAUCGGAUCAAGUGUGCGUCGCACAAUUCAAAGAUAGCAAAAUCAUUCAGCGGCUCGCGCCGCUUGACAGAAACAUGAUAUAUAUUUUUUAUUGGAUUCUUGACGAAUGCUUUAUUGUCGCGUUCUCGAGAAAACGCGGAUCGAAGCUGCUUCCGGACGGAAGCGAAAGGAAAAUUUUUACGUGCAACCAAUGGUGUUUGCAAGUCUCUCACCCCAUAACAUGUAAUCCCUCCAUACAUAUAAUAAUAUAUACGUACAUAUAUUUUACUAUGUAUGACAUUUUUGCAUGAUCUUUAAGCAAUAUUAAUAUAUUUAUGCGCGGCUGCUGUUCACGGGGCUGACCAGAAUGACUUCUUUCCUUUUCUCUGUCUUUUUUUUAUCGCUAUACAUGCAUAGAUCGUUAGAGGAAGAAAUCAUUGGACUGCUCGAUAUCAGCCACGCGAUCGGCGGCCGCGAUCGAUGAUCGUAAGUAAGGAAGAACAGAUUGUAACGCACCAUCGAUAAAUGCUGCAAUAUAUUUUGAUUAGAUCGACCGAAUAAAGAAACAAUCGAGCAUGUAAUUAUCAAA